AUGAACGAAACUUUGAAAGCGCGCUCGCUCUUCAAUUGCUAUUUAGUGGAUGAAAUGGAACUCAGUCACCAGUACGAUCCGAUGUGGAGAAACAACGCGAUGAGUUGCAAGGUUAUCUUAAUACUUCAGCAGAUGUUUCAUUUCAAAUUCGGCUAUAUUCUUCGGCGCAAAUACAAUGCAGUUAUGCGUCCUUAUUACAGUCUACCAUUUUCGAAAACUGUAUGGUGUUGCGUUUGUUCCAUGGUUAUUUUGGCAACUUUAAUUUUUUAUGUAACUAGAAGAUGGGAGAGAAGUAUUGUCGGUCAUUUAAAAUGCAGUUUUAUUUACGAAUUUUAUGCCGCUAUAGGCAUAAUCUGUCAGCAUAGUUUACCGACAUCAUCCAUUCUCUGGUCACGUCGAAUGGCGUACUUUUUCUUUGUUGGUUUCGCCUACGUGACUCAUUCAUUUUAUACAUCCAACUUACUGUCGCACAUCGUAACCGAUAAAAACGGCCAAAUGGAUCUAAAAUCUUUGAUCGAGAGUGACUAUGAACUAAACAUAGUUGAAAAUAUGAAAAUAUUUGCAGAGAAAAGAGCAAAUACUUUUGAAAAGAAAAUGAAUUCGAUUGAAGAAAAGCUAUCACGUACCAAAGUAAUUAAUAUAUUUGACGGGUUGGAGGCAGUCAGAACCACAAAAACUGCGUUACUAUGUGAUUAUCCUGGAGCAUAUUCUAUCAUUGCAAGAAAUUAG